AUGGCAAGUUUAACAGUGUUGUUGCGUCGUUCUGGCAAGUGGAACGAUGAGGGCAAUUACAUCAAUUUUUCAAUUGAGGGAAUACUGAUAAAGGAGUAUGCCUCCUUUAAUGAUCUGGUUGCUUCAAAUUUUAAUCAACUGGACGAAGCAGUUCAAAGGUUUGAUUCCGAUACAGAUUAUACACUGGCUCUAGAUUUUGUCAAUUCAGGAGAAGCGAUUGGAGUGUUCGAACUCCACAAGGAUUUGAUAAUUUCAAAAACUAAUCAAAAGGAGGUUAUGGAUGGACAAGUGUAUAAGGAUAAGGCUACAUUGAAAGAGGUGAUGGAGAAUUAUGCUAUAGCUCUAAGGUUUCAAUUCCGGGAUGAUAGGUCUAAUGCUGUCAGCUAUGCAUUAUUAUGUAUUUCAGAAGAUUGUGAAUGGAGGUUUAAGGCUUCAAGCAUUAACAAAUCAGAACUAUUCAAAGUGAGAGAAUUCAAUGAUAACCAUACAUGUCCGCUGAAGGACAAGGUGUAUGAGCAGCGGCAGGCUAGUAGCAGCCUUAUAGGUGGUAUGAUAAGGCCUAAGCUUACUAACCAUAAUAGGAAAUACACCCCAAUGGAUAUUAUUGAUGAUGCGAAAUCAGAUUUAGGUGUAGAUGUUAGCUACAUGUUGGCGUGGAAUAAAGAAAAGGCAAUGAAUUUUUUGAGAGUGGAUGGAAGUCACCUAAUAUAUUACUACACCAGGACAUUCGUUUCGGCAAGCACGUUGGAUGGUGCAGGUCAUAUAUUUCCACUAGCAUAUGGUGUUAUUGAUUCAGAGAACGAUGCUGCCUGGACGUGGUUCUUUGAGCAAUUCAAGAUAGCAUACGGUGACAGGGAAAACAUGUGCAUCGUUUCAGAUAGAAAUGAGAGUAUCAUUAAAUCUGUAUCGAGAGUGUAUCCAGAUGUACCGCACUUUGCUUGUAUAUGGCAUCUAUGGAAUAAUGUAUAUAAGAAAUUCAAAAAGAGCCAUGCCAAGUUGAGCGAGAUAUACUUCUCGAUGGCAAAAGCAUACACACAAGCUGAAUUUGGCAGUCUGAUGGAGAAGGCGGAGAAGGUAGAUAUUAGGGUGAAAGAAUACUUAGAGUUAGCUGGAUACGAAAAGUGGGCUAGGUUGUAUGCACCUAUUAACAGGGGAUGGACAAUGACGUCAAAUAUUGUUGAGUCAAUCAAUGCCACACUAGUUUCAGCAAGGGAAUUGCCAAUAUACGACUUCCUCGAAGAAGUUAGGAAGUUGUUUGGACGUUGGAGUUGUAGUAACCGUAAAGAAGCUACACAGACAUACACGAUGCUUGGAAAAAAAUACCAGGAUAUGCUGAUUUUGAAUGAGGCUAUGUAA